GUCCGGGUCCCCAAAUUGCAAUCAAUCACACUCGGUUGCUGCUCUUUUUAGCUCAGCGGGAUUUUUUUUUUUUCUUUUUUUUUUUUUUGCCGGGCAAUGGUGAGCAUGGCAACUCCGUCGUGUUCUGCUGAAGCCGGACUGCUGCACCACGAGCCGAGCGGCCUCGCUGGCAAUGUGUCUGCCUCAGACAAGCUCCUGGAGCAGCAGUCGCCCGCGCCGUCCAGCAGCAGCAGCGGACGGUCGGAGCACAACCUCACUCCCGACGCUGCUACACCUUCGUUCGGACUGUUUGGCCUGUCGUCGUCCUCCGCCGCCGCCUCUCCCGCAUCGCUCCAAUCGCACCCACAGCAGCAGCAGCAACAGCAACAACAACAUCAGCAGCAGCAGCAGAACAAGCCGCAGCCAAAGGUCAUUGGGCACAAUCUCGUUGUCGCCGUCUCAUGCACAGCGUGCCGCUCCGCACACCGCGCGUGCGAUGGCCAGCGCCCCUGCGGCCGAUGCGUGCGCCUGCAGCUCCCCAAGGCCUGCGAGGACCCCUCCGCCACCCGCCGCGGCCGCCCGCCCAAGGAAGACAAGGACGACGCCGCAACGCUCGCUUCAGGCGCAUCAUCGUUCCUCUCAGAUAACGAGACAGACUUGCUCGCAGAAUCUAUCGCUGCGGUAGAGCCAAAGCCAAGUAAGCCGAAACAACAGGCACGCCGCAAAAUGUCGGACUCGUCUCCGUCGCCGCGCUCAUCGUCGACGAGCGAGAUUGGUAGCGCUGUUUCACUGCCAAAGGUCGCAUUGCCGAAGGGUGGAGGAUCGACGGGCAGUGACACACUCUGGCUCAACGCGCUUGCUGAUGUCGCCUCCGCCUCGCCAGCAGGUUGGUCGAGCUCGGCUGCGAACACGCCGCUGAUGGCGAGCACUUCUACCGUCGGCACUCCCGUGCAUGUCGGCACUGCGCUCAAUCUCGACGUUGCCCAGUCCUACACCAACGCUUCUUCCUCUUCCUCCAGCUCAUUUUCUCCUCUAACAUCCUCGCCUGCUGUACUGUUGGCGCAAAGCCUACAGAGCUCUGUCGUGCAGCAACCGCAGCAGCAACUACAGCAACAGCAAGUCUCAAUGGCUGUGCAACAAAUGCCACAGGUAUGGAUGCCCGCGAAUGGCUGGUCUACCCAACCGGCGACCGUAACCACACCCGUGCAGUUUGCAGCACCCUUCAACUCUUGGGGCCAAAACACCACCACGUACUUCCAGCAAUCCUUCGUCCCACAUCAGCAGAGCGCAACGCAUUUCGUCGCCGCUCAGCCAGCCGUGUACUCGAUUGUCCAACCGCAGCAGCAGCAGCAGCAGCAGCAACAGAUGCAGCAGCCAUCGCUGCAGUCUCACUCCAUUCAAAUGCAGAUAGCGCAACCUUCCUACAUGCUUCCUACUCAACAAGCACCAUUUCAGCAACUUUCACAACAGCCGCAACAAUCGUUUUCGCAGCAACCCCAACAACCCCAACAGCAACCCCAACAACAGCAGCAACAGCAGCAACAGCAGCACUUUGUUUCUCAACAACACCCGCAGCAGCCCAGUAGUGUACAGUCGCAACAGCAGCAGGCACCACAGCAGCCGCAACAGCCACAAAAGUUGCAGUCACAACCUGUUCCUCAGCAGUUGGCUGUCCAGCCAACCAAUCAGCAAUUAGGGCUCGCUUCAUCACUAGUUACACAGCCCAGUCAACAGCAAUCGGUCACUGCAAGCCCGCAGUCAUCCCCAGGCCGCGUUGCUCCUGCUGCGGUGGCGCAGACCGUCCCCGACCGGUCGCCCUCCAUUCAUACGCCCGAUAAAACAUCACCACUUGAUUUCAACUUUGCUGUAAAACGACCAGCGUCGGAGGCAUUUACUCUGGGAGACGAGCUCAGCAGCAUUGGAGUCUCGGCAGAUGUGUUGACGGAACCGCUGGGCUCGCCCGCGUUGGACUCGCUGCGCUCCAAGCGUUCGCGGGCCACUCUGGAGUCGUUGGACGACGACGACCAUGAUGACAAAGAGUCAGUAUCUACCGCUGCAUCAGAGUUGCAAGUACAGACCAAACCCAAUCCCACGACCGCGAGCAGCACCCAGCCAAGAUCGGCCAGCGCGCUCGCACUCUCGUCCAUCCACUCACCCGAUUCCCUCCUUAACUUCCUGAGCACUAACGCUGACACUGGAGCCAUGUUCUCCUUUGCCGACCUUGGCUUUGGGCUCUCUGGCUCCAACAACUGGCUGCCGCUCAACCCCGGGUUUGAUUUGCCCUCCUUGUUCAAUGCGGCCAUUGCUCAAGUCAAGCCAUUACCGACGUGUGUGUCGAGCGUGCCUGAAUUGAAUCAAGUCAGCGACAACAAGCCUCUUAUUGUCCUUGACAGCGACCGCCUUCUUCGAGCAGACAUACUAGUCUGGCAGUCUCCGACGGCAAACUCGUCUUCCGAAGUGCUGGUCGCAUAUGACAAUUGGAAGAGCCGGCUGUUCCCGUUGGCAAUGCCACUCAUGGACAUUGCUGUGAGGAUUCGCGAGCUCAACUACGAAAUGAUGAGAGGGGUCGUCGGAUCGCUUCCGGAAAUCAAUGUGGUCAAGUCGACGACCAAGCGGCCGUUUGGUGCCAUCCUGGAAGAAAUCAAAUCGCACACCACGCGUGGCGCCAGCGAGUUUGUCGAUGUUGCAAAGGUUCUCUUCCGAAGGGCGCUCUUGAGUAACUUUGUCCCGUGGGAGCCCGUGAUGACCCCCGAGGCAGCGAACGCUCUCCGCAUUCCGUACGUCGAGUGGGGCACGAACGCCAUCAUCCUGUUCGCAAACGAUGAGCUGUGCCGGCUUGUCGGCUACACGACGGACGAAAUAUUUGCCGAAGUGCGGUUUGCGUACAACCUCCUUGCCGUCGAGGACAAGGACGCCUGCAUGUUCAUGCACAUUUGUGCCGUGCUGUGCGGAGCCACGCACUACCAGGCCUCCUGCAUUGGGCUGCAUCGCCAAAAGUUCCGGAUUCCCCUCCGCAUGUGCUCCACCAUCGUCCGCAGCAACGGCAAUGGCGACUACCGCUACACGAUUGCCUAUUGCUUCCCCGCGCCAUAGGCUGUGAUGUGAUUUCUUUUGUUUGAGAUUUGGAGUUGUUGUGAUUUUUUUUUGUACAAAAUCGAUUCCCACUUGC